AGAGUGACACCGGCAUAGCCACCGUAAAAGCGACAGAUUAUCAGGACCUAAUAUCAUACAUCGUAUUGCAUCAGUUCCAUCUUUUAUAUAAUCCAAGUUACGAGUACAUCCUAUUCUCCUACUUCAUCGUUGACAUAUCAUACUCAACAUACUCGAAUACCGGCUCUCGCAAAAUGUUUCUUGGCAUGUCCCAACCCUUCUUGAUCCUACAGUAACUUAGCUAAACCCCCCCCAUCGCCAUCCCUCCCAGGAACUUUUGACUCCAAAUUUUGCGAUUAGCGACCUGACGGGGAUAGCGAGAUCGAAAGGGCGUUCACGGUGGAAUCAUACCUGACCUGCGCUCAAAGCUUGGUUCCUCCGAAAUCAACUGCUUACGGGUAUAAUAGCACAAGGUUCAAUUACAAGUUACAAGUACUUGAAUCUUCACUUUUCCAGAACCUCGGUUAGCUAAUCAACGCCCGACGCCCACCCAACGCGUACUCAAGUAGAUAUCAUCCCCGCGCUCGCUGUCGCUCAGUGCAGUACUUCCCUGACCAGCGCCGCAAGAAACUGCUGCAAAACGCCAGGAAUGACAUUGUUGCCCAACAAACCUAUUUUCGAGACCGAUUUCAAAUACUCCUCUUUCGAUGAGGCUACCGCGACGGGCACCAUCAGUACGAAAGCUGGCGAAUACUCGGCCAUGCUGCCAAGGGAUUGGUGCAUCGGCUUCGGUUUGUACCUCCCCGGGACCCGAUUUCUCCGCUGUCGCUGAUGAGAGAGUAUAGUUCCACAUGGUGGAUACUUGACCUCGCUCCUGCUCGCUGUAGGGACGAAGCACAUGACCACCCAUCCUCGGCUGUCAAGGCUGAACCAACCACAUCCAAUCCACACCGCCGUAACCUUUCUCUCCCGGUGCGCCCCCGGACCAGCGAAGCUCGUUGCGGCAGCUCUCAAGACCGGGCGGCAAUACACCUUUCUCCGGGUAACGCUCUACCAGGACGUUCCCCGCCUAGAAGCAAACAUCGCAUUCACGCACAUGACCGAGCACCAGAACGGCCCCACGCUAAGAACCGUGCCCCCUCGCCCACCGCCACCCCUCACCAAUGGGCUGUGGGAUACGACCAAGGGCGACCCACUCCGCGAUACCCGCCCCGUCACUAACAAGUUGCAUUAUAAGGCUGCACCUGACAGCCACUUUGGAAGUGACAAAGAUAACUCCCCGAGCAUUCGCGAGCAAUGGGUUAGAAUGGCCGACGGAUCGAAAUUCUCGAUCGCCUCAUUGGGCUAUCUUAGCGACAUGUUUCUCCCGCUGCCAGAGAACUACGCCGAGAUAAGCGGGGCGUAUUGGUACCCAACGCUUGCUUUGUCGAUCGAGGUGAAGAGGGCGCCUGAGGCUGGCGGGUGGGACGUGCUGUUCCGCAGGGUCGAGAGCAAGGUCAUUGAGAAUGGGAGGAUGGACAUCACGGUUGACAUCUUUGAUGAGCAGGGCGGAAUUGUCGCGAUCAGCCAUCAUGUCGCGAUCAUUGUGGAUGCGGCGAGGAAUAGGAGGAAGGUUGCGGCGAAGCUUUAGAUUCGGGUUCUAUUUCCUUGUGAUAGGAUAAUUAACUAGGUUCUACUCGUAGCGUCGACGAGUAGAGCUCGAUGCCAAG